CGCCCAAAUCCGCACCAAAUCGAGCGCCGCCACAUCCCUCCUCCGGCGGCACGCACGCAGGCGGCGCUGCUCGACCGACUCGCAGGUGCAGGGACCCGCCGCCGCCGCCGCAAUGCAUGAAGCUCCCCUCCACCCGGCCCACCCCGUGCCCUUCGGCCCCAGACUGCCGGCCUUCCGCGAUCGCCGCCUCUGCCCCCCCACCGCCGACGGGCCCUUCUUCUACGGCGGCUGCACCCCCUUCGUCCCGAGCCCCAGGCCGUCCCCGCUCGGGCGCGGCAGCCCCCCCUUCACCCCGAGCCCCAGGUCCUCGUCGCCCGGCACCCCCUGGUCCUCCUCGGCCUCUUCCUCCUCCGGCUCCCGCGUCGACGCGGCGGCCACGGAGCAUGGCCUGCGCAUGGCCCGCCUCGCGCUGCAGUACCAGGACUUCGCCAACCGCUACCAGCUCUGCCUCUCCCACCUCGCCGACGCCGCGCGCGAGGCCGCCGCCAUCCGCCACGACAACUCCGGCCUCCGCCUCGCCAACAACGUCCUCGCCAGCCGCUUCGCCGUGCUCGGCGGCAACCAGGCCUCAGCCGUCGCGCUGGCCGAGCAGCUCCACCGCCUCCACCUCGGGCAGAUGCAGGCGCAGGCAGUGCCCGCUCCCCCGGUGCUGCCCAUGCCCAUGGCGCCGCGCCUCGCCUCCUCGGCCGAGAAGCUGCGCCCCCUCCACCCCGGGCAGAUGCAGGCGCAGGUCGUGCCGGCUCCCCCGCCGAUGCCCAGGGCGCGGCCCGCCUCCCCGGCCGAGAAGCACGCGGCGAUGCCCAAGAGCAUCUCCAUCCGCUCCAACGGCUACCUGAAGAUGGACAGGAACGGCAAGCAUCGCGUGACGGCGCCGGUGAACGUCGGCUCGCAGCGCGUGUUCGUGGGCGUGGACGGCGCCAAGGCGGAGGAGCACCAGGGCCGCGGCGGGGAGAAGGGCGGUCAGGUCGCCACGGCUGCCGACGGGCUGCAGUUCGAGGUGUACAGCCAGGGCAUGUUCAAGACGGAGCUGUGCAACAAGUGGGAGGAGACCGGGGCGUGCCCGUACGGCGACCAGUGCCAGUUCGCGCACGGCAUCGCAGAGCUCCGCCCCAUCAUCCGCCACCCGCGCUACAAGACCCAGGUCUGCCGCAUGGUCAUCGGCGGCGCCAUCUGCCCCUACGGCCACCGCUGCCACUUCCGCCACUCCAUCACCCCCGCUGACUACAUCCCCCUCCUCCACCCCUGAUCGCUACACAUGGCACUGCUCCAUCGCCGACGGCCACUCACUCUGCUCGCUUCAUUCCCUCACUCCUUCCUCCCCCUUCAUAAACUAUACAUAUGCCACAUUGGAAAACAAACCAAAAACACCAAAAUGGGAGACGUAAAUAAGGCAAACUUUGAUUUAGAUGCACAGAAGCAAACGGCACUUGAGUCAAGAGAGUUAGGACAUGCAGGAAAAAAUGUGAAUAUUUGAGCUGCUUAUUGGUGGGUUACUUUACAUUGGGAUUGAUCUGGGAUUCUGGAUCAUCAGAGAGGUAAAUUAUGUGUUGGGGGGUUGUUUCUUACAUGGUCUGUUAUAUAGCCAAUCGGUUACAUUUACAUGAUCUUUGUUUCUUAGUUAAUUUUCAAGAGGAAUUUAUGGACGUAGCCUUGUCAACAAAUCUGUUAGUAUUUGAGUACACCAUUGGUGUUAUUUUGAUACUGUCUUGUGGAAGGAAGUUCAGGCUACUUGAGACUUCAGUUAUAUUGUAUUUCUGGACAAUUGGAGAAAUGAGUUACUCCUAUAUGAUUUUUGAAGGA